GCUUUUCAAACUCGAGACCAAAAUUUAUUGACAAUUUAUCAUCGAUAUUUAAUAAUGUACUUUACAAAUUGUUAUAUCCCUUAAUCGUAUCGUAUGAAAUUUCGUUUCAUCGAAUGAAAAUGUUUAUCGUCAUAGAAACUGUCAAACGUUCUAUGUCGUUUAGUGUUAGUGUUAUAUAGUUAAAACGUAGAUUAACGACUGUCCUCUAUUAUUGUAAUUUAACAGCAAUGUCGACAGACUACACAGAACGAUAUAUUUUUGAAGCAGAAUGGUAUGACAAGAUUGCUUGUAUUUUGAAAAAAUUUUAUUUAUAUUAUUAUCCAGCAGACAAUACAGUAGAAUUGUUUGAUAUAAAGACAAAGAAAACAUUUUUAAGAAGAACCAAAUGCGAGGGUAUUAAAGCAAAAGAUUUUUAUGUUGGAGCAGUUAUAACAAUAUAUUCACGAAACAUAAAAAUUAUUGACUUUGCCGAUAAGAGUACAAAGGCUAAAUUGCAAACAAUAACACAGAAAACUUUUGCAAUUAUAAAGCCGGAUGUAAUGGAUAAAAUGGGCGAAAUAUUGAAAAAUAUUAUAGCUCACAAUUUUCAUGUUGCAAAUAUUAAGAUGGUAAAACUUACCCAAGAGCAAGCAACAGAAUUUUGUAAAGGAAAAGAAUCAACUCAAUUGCCAUUCAUUAUAAAUUUUCUUACGUCUGAACCUAUCUUAGCACUGGAACUUUUAGGAGAUGAUGCUGUUGCACAAUGGCAGAAAUUAAUAGGCCCAGAAGAUAGCGACGAAGCUCGUAAGACUGCACCAUCCUCUUUAAGAGCAUGUUAUGGAAAGGACAAUAUUCAGAAUGGCAUUCAUGGCUCUGAGAAUCCAGAAGCAGCAGAGAAUGAAUUAUCCUUUUUCUUUCCUGAUCAAAAAAGCAAGAGGAAAGGACCUAGCAAUACUGCAACGUUAAAAAAUUGUACAUGCUGUAUUAUUAAACCACAUGCAGUGCAACAAAAACUAAUAGGUCAUAUUAUUGAAGAUAUUCAGAAAGCUGGUUAUACAAUCACUGCAAUUCAACAAUUUCAUGUAGACUCAGUUAAUGCAGAAGAAUUCUUGGAAGUUUAUAAAGGAGUACUUGCAGAGUAUGGAGCUAUGGUAAGUGAGUUACAGACAGGACCUUGCAUCGCAAUGGAGAUAACUCAUAAGGAUGAAAAUUGUGAUAUACAUGCAGACUUUAGAAAAUUAUGUGGUCCGAUGGAUCCGGAUAUUGCACGUCAGAUAAGACCAAAUACCUUAAGAGCAAAAUAUGGAAAUACCAAAGUACAAAAUGCUGUCCAUUGUUCAGAUUUACCAGAGGAUGGACCUUUAGAGGUCGAAUAUUUUUUCAAGAUUCUUGAUGAAAUAUGAAUGUCAUAAUUGCGGCUAUCAAACAACGAUCAUUUUUUUUCUACUUUUAUCGAGGAAGGAUUGAACGACAGAUUAUUUUAUUACUUUUUUUUUUUUUUUACAAUAGAACUUAAAACGUCAAGAGUCCCGUUUUACGUAAUGAAAACAUGCAAAAUUUUUCUGCCAUAU